AUCUUUUAAUCGACAUAAAAAUUAAAAAAAUACAAGAAUAAGAAAUAAUUUUAAAAAUUUAUCAUUAAUAAAUAAUAUUUUUUUUUGCGUUUGUAACAUUUAGAGUUUUAUUUCAUUAAAAAGAUUAAAAAGAGUUUAUUCAGUUUGUUGAAAUACACAAACAUCCACAUAUCAGUGGCUUAUUGAAGAGUGUUUAUUGGCCAUGGAAAUUGCAAAAGAAAUUCAUUCAAGGGUGAAACUAUCCCUCCUAUUCCAUCUCUCUUGAAUGAGUCAAAUUCCAACGUGCUCUCAGAUUUUGAGGCAUCUUUCUGCCUCUAAACUUGGAAUACUCAAGCCUAUAUAUACAACGCUAUCUUGCCUGUAACUCUCACAGCAAGCAAAACAAAGCAAUUUACUAUGGCAUUAUCAACAAGUAUCACCUUGGCCACUUUUGUUGCCUCUUUGAUCCUCCUCCUCACUCCAAUCUCUUGUUCUUCUCCACUUGUCAUUAGAAAUGUUGUUGAUGAUGAGCCCAGAAACUCCUCCAUCCCACAAGAUGAUAUUGAUCUUCUUGAACUCCAUCUAAAUUUAGAGUAUCUUGGUGCAGAGUUAUUUCUACAUGCCGCAACGGGUAAUGGCUUAGAUACAUUUUCUCCAGCUUUAGCUUCAGGAGGUCCACGCCCCCUCGGUGCUAAGAAGGCUAAGCUUGAACCUUUCUUUAGAGAUUUGAUCGAGCAACUUGCAUGGCAAAAUGUGGGACAUUUGAGGGCAAUUAUGAAGACAGUAGAGGGAUUUCCAAGGCCACUGCUAGAUUUGAGGGCAGAAUCAUUUGCCAAGCUAAUGGACAAGGCAUUCGGGCGACCACUAUCUCCACCUUUCGACCCUUAUGCCUCUGGUCUCAACUUCCUCAUUGCUUCUUAUAUGCUCCCCUAUGUUUGUCUCACAGGAUAUGUAGGAACAAACCAAAGACUUCAAGGCUCAGCUUUCAAGCAGCUUGUGGCAGGCCUUCUGGCAGUGAAGUCUGGGCAAGAUGCAGUCAUCCGAGGAUUACUUUACGAGCGAGCUUUCCAGAAGGUGGAGCCAUAUGAGAUUACUGUAGCAGAGUUCACAGAUCGCAUUUCAGACCUAAGGAACAAGCUAGGACAUAGAGGUAUAAAAGAUGAAGGACUUGUAGUUCCCCAGUACCAGGGUGCAGAAGGCAAAAUUAGAGGUAAUGUGCUUGCUGGAAACCAGUACUCGGUUGGAUUUGCACGGUCACCUAGGGAGAUACUGAGAAUUAUGUACGGUGGAGGCAACGAACAUUCUGCUGGAGGUUUCUUCCCUCAUGGAGCUAAUGGUCGCAUUGCUAGAUCUUAUAUGCGUUAGAUCAAAUAUAUGCGACCAAACACAAGACAUAUCCCAUAAUAAUAAUGAGUGCUGUUGAGUGUUCAUAUUGUUUGGACUUCAUGUUAUU